CCGCCCCUUCCCGGAGCUCUCGCGAGAGUUGGUGGCGCGGGCGGGUCCCCGUCAGGAGCCGCCGCCGCUCCCUCGGCGCAGCCCGGCCCGGCCCGGCCCGGCUCGAUCCGCUCUCUCAGCCCGGCCCCGCUUCCCUCAGCCCUUCCCUUUCCCUCAGUCCGUUCCCUGAGCCCUUCCUGUUCCCUCAGCCCUUCCCUUUCCCUCAGUCCGUUCCCUGAGCCCUUCCUGUUCCCUCAGCCCUUCCCUUUCCCUCAGUCCGUUCCCUGAGCCCUUCCUGCUCCCUCAGCCCUUCCCUUUCCCUCAGUCCGCUCCCUCAGCCCUCUCCGCUCCCGCAUCCCAGCCUCUCUUCCUUCCUCCCGAUCCCUCAGCCCUUCCCGAUCCCCAGUCCCCUCUCCCCUUCUCUCUCCCUCAGCCCGUUCCCGCUGCCCUCGGUUCAUUACCGCUCCUCUCACCCCGUUUCCUCUGCCCUCAGCCCUGCCUGCCCCAUCUCGCCAUGAGCUUCCUCUUUGGGAGCCGCUCUUCAAAAACAUUCAAGCCAAAGAAGAACAUUCCAGAAGGAUCCCACCAGUACGAGCUCCUCAAACACGCCGAGGCCACGCUGGGCAGCGGCAACCUGCGGCAGGCCGUGAUGCUGCCCGAGGGGGAGGACCUCAAUGAGUGGAUUGCUGUCAACACUGUGGAUUUCUUCAACCAGAUCAACAUGCUGUACGGGACCAUCACGGAGUUCUGCACCGAGAGCAGCUGCCCUGUCAUGUCUGCAGGGCCCAGGUACGAGUACCACUGGGCCGACGGCACCAACAUCAAGAAGCCCAUCAAGUGCUCAGCACCCAAGUACAUCGAUUACCUGAUGACCUGGGUGCAGGACCAGCUGGAUGACGAGACCCUCUUCCCUUCCAAGAUCGGCGUCCCCUUCCCCAAGAACUUCAUGUCAGUGGCCAAGACCAUCCUGAAGCGGCUGUUCCGGGUCUACGCCCACAUCUACCACCAGCACUUCGACUCGGUGAUGCGGCUGCAGGAGGAGGCUCACCUCAACACCUCCUUCAAGCACUUCAUCUUCUUCGUGCAGGAGUUCAGCCUGAUUGACAGGCGGGAGCUGGCUCCUCUGCACGAGCUGAUUGAGAAGUUGGGCUCCAAGGACAGAUAAACCCCCAGGAGGGGAGGACCCUUCUGGCCACUCCUUUUCUGCUUCUUCAGCCACCUCCACGCUUGGCUCCAGAGACUGGACAGCACCGAGUGGCCUCAGUGCUGCUGCUGGGCUGGGCUGGGCUGGGUGGAGGUGGAGCAGGUUCUGUCCUGCCCUGGAGCAGCUUCUGUUCCUCUCUGGACUCUCCAGCCCGAGAGCACGCCCGGAGCGGCUCAAGCUUAUUUUUGGAAGCGCUUUUUUUUGUUGUUGUUGUUGUUUGUUUUUUAUAAAAGAGGUGCACUUUGGCCCAGAGCCUUAAGCUCCCCAUGGGGGGUGAGGAGAAGUGCCUGGCCCCAGGGUGGGCUGUCCCUGUCCCUGGGUAAGAGGAGCAGCUCUGGCAUGUCCCACGGGUCCCUCCUGUGUGGCAAAGGCAAUAAUAAUAAUAAACUUUCUUCCUGCUCUUCUUUAAGAA